UACUGAUAAGGUAGGUUUCGAAACAUUUAUAACUGAAUGGACGUAAAAAUGAGCAUCUUUAUCUUUUGGAUAUUGUCAGUUAUUUUGUCUAUAUCUAAUGCUACAAAACCUAUUGAACAUGGUGAAGAUAAACUCGAUUAUUUGCUGAGUCAUCUAGAGUCAACAGAAGAUGUAGUCCAACAACUUUUGGGUCGUGUGGAGCAAUUGGCAUCUGACAACGAGGCUCAACAACAAGUGAUUUUGAACCAGUUAAAUCGUAUUGAGCACUUAGAGCAAUGUGAGUUCAGUCAACAUCAGCUAAAUAUAAACCUGCAAAGACAACUGGCUGUCCAACGGCAGCGUACGAGCUCGCUGGAAAGAUUCAGUGAACGUAUGAAAAUAAUUAUUAGCUCAUAUGUAAACAAGCAGAGAGGAAGUAAGGAUAGCGGAGUCAAAGUAAAGCAAAUUCAGCCAAAUAGUGGUAUCAACAUGGCAGAAGAAAAUGAAAAUAGAACACAAGGCCCUGUAGCAACCUCAAAAGACAUUCAUAGUACUCGUGCAAGGAUUCGACGAGUUGAAAACGAACAAAACGUAGCUUUCUUUGCCACAUUAUCUAACCAGCUGCAGCACGCUGGAGUUGGCCAGACUUUUGUUUUUGACAGAGUUGUGACCAACAUUGCCAAUGGCUACAACAACUUCAAUGGUAACUUUAUCGCCCCUGUUUCCGGAACAUACGUAUUCUCGGCCACGUUGCUUUCUCAUUACCACAAUAGUGCUCAUGCUCAAUUCGUGAAAAAUGGAAGCCCUGUGAGUUACAUGUACGUCAGUGGAGCGGAAGCGGGAUAUGACACUUCAAGUCAGACAAUAGUGCUAGAGCUUCUAAAAGGGGACGACAUCUGCAUUUCAAACAACGAUGCUGAUAAAUCCUACAAUGGUGACCAUUACAGCACUUUCUCCGGUUUCCUGCUUCAGCCAAAUGUUUCAGACCAAGUUGUUCUCGGACGGAAGUAGACUGUGGAAAUAAAAUGAUUGUUUCAUUUAAUAAACGGAAAAGCAUUGCAGUUUUAACUAUGUAUUUCGUAAUUAUGUAACGUAUGAGUUUAUUAAGUAUUCCGAACUUAAUUUAUUGUAUCUUGUAAGUGUUGUAAGAGAGGCAAUAUACAUGAAUUAACACCUUGACCAGAAUUACUACUGUUUAAAUAUUAAAAGAUAAAUUUAAAGAUAGAUUAAAAUUUUCGCUUAAAUGAGAAAUAAGCAUUUAUAAACAAAUUUCGCCAACAACUGCAAGAAUCUCCUUUCAAAAAUUUGUUAAUGUUAUUCAAAGAGAUAUUUACCAUGCCAAAUGAAAAGUAAUUUUAAAUUCGUGAAAUAAAUGUAUG